AUGGUCUCUGUCCGUCCAACCCACCCUCAGCCCGCCAACAUCACCCCUCUGGUCCGAGCCCUGACGCACCAACCCGUACAUGCCCCAAACCCCACCUCCGGCUCGCCACACCCGCUCCCCGGCUCCUCCACGGCCGCAACCGCUGCCCCGCACACGCGGCACCACCCCGGCCCCACCACGGCUCUCCCCCGGCCCCCGACCCCGGUUCCACCCCCGCCCCCACCCCCGGCCUCCUCCCCGGCCCCUCCCCGCCAGCUCCACCCCAUCCCUGCCCACCCUCGCCCGCAACCCCGGCCCCUCCCACACCCCGCCCCGCCGACCACCCGAAUCCAACCACAACCGACCCCAACCACGACCCCAAACCCGACCCCAAACGCCGACCCCACAACCCGACCGCCAAAACCCGACCCCAAACCGACCCCAAACCCGAACCCAAACGCCGACCCAAACCCGACCCCAAACCCGACCCCAAACCGCGACCCCAAACCGACCCAAACCGACCCCAAACCGCCCCACAUCCACCCCACCCACGGCCCUCCACUCAUGUACUCUACCACCGUCGCCCAGCCUCGACCAUCCCCUCCUCCUACCUCGCCCCGCGUUGCCUACUCUUGCCGCGACGCCGCGCCGUUUGUUGCUGUCGGCGCGCCCUCCACGGCCCUGGGUUCUGGCCCCGACGCGGUUGCGCCUCACGUGCUUGAGUGCUUUUUCCAGCUACUGAAACGCAUUUUGGGUGAUUCGCGGCACCUACAGACGAGUAAUCAUUAG